UUUUCUAAACAUGGCAGACUUGGUAACAGACGAUGAAGACGACUAUUUUGAGGAAAAAUGAGGAUUCACAGCCUUAUCUUUUUGAAAGUAAAUAUACGGAGGAUGAACUACUGGCUGGAGCAGACGGAAGCCGAGACGGGUGCGACGUGGUCACGCUGAAAAUCUGGAUUUUUGAGCCAAGUUAUGUCGAAUUAGUGGAGCCCAGCUGGAUGAAACAGACAACUGUCCAUUAAUAUCGCAACAAAUCGGUAUUUGUUUGGUCGUAACGGGAUCCUGGCACGGUUGGACAACGUCAUGGAGGCCAAAAAAGCGACUUUGAGUGUUCCUGUUUACGGACAUGUCAUUGCCAGCGAGAAAUGGAGAGACUCGUCCCUCAUUCAAAACUUGAAAGGUGGGGGUGUGAAGAUCCUCUUUGAGAACGAGCUCGGCACGGCAGACUUUCUUCUCCCAAACAAGAGCUGCAUCCUCUACCUGUCCGAGUGUGACGUCAUCACAGGCUCCGCCUACAAGAGGAAGUUGGUCCGCUACAGGACUGCCUGCAGCAGCUUCCAGGAGCUGGUCCUGGUGGAGAAAACCCGCCUGGACGAGCAGUACUUCGCCUCUGUCCAGAAGUUUGUCGUCUUUGAGCUGGGACUGACGCUGCUGCCAGUCGGCGGGCAGACGGAGGCCUCCCAGCUCAUGGUUCAAAUGGUUCACGGGGACGGCAGGGACAACCCGUUCAGUAGGAGGAGCUCGUCCCGGCUCCUGGACCCGCAGGUUUUGGCCCUGGUGCAGCAGGUCCCCGGGGUGGGCCGAGUCAAAGCCCUGGCUCUGCUUGAGCGCUUCUCCAGUAUCCACCAGAUCUGCAACGCCGGCGUCGCAGACCUGGAAGCCACAGUGGGCCAGGCUGCCGCUCAGAACAUCCACAACUUCUUCCACAAAUCCACAGGGUCUUGAAGCUGAUCAACUGAUCCAUGGACCCAAGGAGCUGCUAGCAGGAGACUUUUUUGUGUGUCACUGGGUCCUGAAUGUAGUGACGGAACAGUUAAUGGUCUUUUCUCGUGAAGACUUCUACUGUACACAUUUAGGAAUCAAUGUCUUUAGACCCUACUGUUUGGUUAAGGCAAAGGUGUCCAAAAAUGGCCCCCAGCUAUUUUUUUAAUGGCCAGAAGCACAUUCUAAAAUAAUAUUACAAAAAAGAAAGUGGAAUAAAAGAGCAAAAAAGUUGCAAUGUUGACUCUAAUACCACAAAGCUGCCAUGUGCGCUGUUUUUUCUUUUAAAGUGUCAUUGCUCAAAAAAUAAUAAUGAAUCAAAAUCAAUGAUGUCAUAAAUUAUUGGCCUGUUGAGCAAUAGCUUCACCACAAAUAUUAAAUUUUUAAAUGUUUGGGUGAAAAUAUUGCAUAUUUUGUGUGUUUCCCAGAAAAACAUGAGUUUUCUAUGACAAAAAGGGCAUUAAGUAAACAACCAAAAAACUAAUUGAAAUUAUAAUCGACGGAUAGAUCUGAAGUUGAUAUAAGGAUUUAAGCGUAAAAAAUGUAUGGCUUAUUUUUGUAACACCUAUGAGUGGGGCCCUUUUGUAUACCAUAGCUGUCAUUGUACAACAAUUAAUAAUAAAUCGAAAUCAAUGAUGUAAUAAAUCAUUGACCUAUUGACCAAUCGCUUCACCACAAAUAUUCCAUUUCUAAAUGUUUGUGUGAAAAUAUUGCAUAUUUUGUGUGUUUGCCAGAAAAACUUAAGGGCAUUAAACAAACCACAAAAAAAAACCAUAACAUUUUUUUAAAAUUAUAAUCGACAGAUAGAUCUGAAGUUGAUAUAGGGAUUUAAGCGUAAAAAAAUGUAUGGCUUAUUUUUCUAACACUUAUGAGUGGGGCCCUUUUGUAUUCCAUAGAAUUUUAGUAGGAUUUUUUAAACUGUCAUUGUUCAAAAAUUAAUAAUGAAUCUAAAUCAAAGUUAUGAAUUAUUGACCUUUCAAAUAUUGACCAUCAAAUAUUUUCAUUUGUAAUAUUUUGGGGGGAUAAUUGUUGCAUGUUUUGUGCUUUUGCCAUAACAAAGUUUUUUUUUCUUAGAACAAUAAAUACAACUUGAUAUCGGCAGAUAUAUCUGGAGUUGAUCUAUAGGUUUAAGUGUUGAAAAAAAUAUACAAUAUAUGACCUAUUUUAAAAUUUUAAUGACAGAGACUCAUCCGGGAUCCCCAGGGCCUAACUUGAGGGGAGACCUAAAGGUAAUAAAAAAACAACCUAUAUAUUGUAUUGGUUUUGAAAAUGAAAAAUUUCAAAAUGGCCCCCGCAUGCUUUGAUUUUUUUAUUAUUAUUUUUUCCUUAGUGGAAAAACUUUUGACACCCCUGGGUCAAGGGGUACUGGACUGGCCCACCAUCAGACAAUACAUCAAUGAGCUAUUUAGUGUUUGAUGUGAACAAAAGUAUUUUAUUACCUACAUGGGGAGGCAAAGGAAAGAUGUCUCAAAU